UUUGUUAGUAAAUUAAAUAAAUGCACUAAACUCUAGGCUGUUAGCUAAAGCUGACAAAAUUUAUAAAAUCUAGUUUGCAAACUCCAAAUCUGAUUUGUAAUCAUUUAAAACUACUGUUAAGUUUAAUUAGAUAAACUUAAACUGACUAAAGAUAUUUAAUGUGUGUGAAUGUGUUUGUGUUCGUCAGGUGUGUUUGGUGAUAAAGUGAAGUCAGUGUCAGUGAUGGAGGGAGAUUCUGUUACUCUACAUGCUGAUAUUACUGAAAUACAGAAAGAAGAUCGAAUACUGUGGAGAUUUGGACCUGAAGAGACUCGUAUAGCUGAAAUCAACAAAGAGGAUAAUAUAGUGUCAAUAUAUGAUGAUAUUCUUGAUGGGAGAUUCAGAGACAGACUGCAGGUGAAUAAUCAGACUGGAGAUCUCACCAUCACAAACAUCACAACUCAACACGCUGGACUUUAUCAAAUAAACAUCAGAGGCAUCAAAAUGACCUCACACAGAUUUAAUGUUAUUGUCUAUGCUCAUCUGCCUGUUCCUGUCAUCACCUGUAACUCUUCACAAUGUUCAUCAUCAUCAUCAUCCAAUCCAAACUGUGUUUUAUUGUGUUCAGUGUUGAAUGUGAGAGAUGUGAGUCUGUCCUGGUACAAAGGAAACAGUUUAUUGUCCAUCAUCAGUGUGUCUGAUCUCAACAUCAGACUCUCUCUACCUCUGGAGGUUGAAUAUCAGGAUACAAACACAUACAGCUGUGUACUCAACAAUACCAUCACAAACCAAACUCAACAUCUCAACAUCACUCAUCUCUGUCAGACGUGUUCAGGUACAACAGGUGUGAUUAUAGCACUUAUUUAAUGAGCUGAUCUAAGAUCAUAUUCAGUUACAAUAUCUUUUAUAACUUAUUAUAGGUCUCACCUUCGUUCAUAAAGUUGUGAUCUGUUGUGUUGCUGUUGGAUGUCUGAUGAUUGUAGCUUCAAUUCUGAUCUUCUGGAUCUACAGGAAUGACAGAAACUCACAGCAACAUGUUCAGACCGAUGAACAGGAAAUAACGUACGCAGAAACAACUUUCCAUCAGAAACAAAGAUGUAAACCGAGAGCUUCAGUGGAGAACAAUGUGGUGUAUGCCGGAGUCAUGAGACGAUGAUCAUACUUCAAACAAAAAAGAUUUUGUCCCUGAUAGCAAAAAGCUCUUGGGCGUAUCCAUAACGCAUCCAGACCGGAG